UACCAGUUGCACUGAAUAGUGUACCAAAACACAAGUUGUAAAUGUAUAUAGACAAAUCAGUGAAUGUUUACCAGGAGAGGUAGACUAGAAAAGGCCAGGGGGGCUUGUGUCAGCACAGUUUACCCUCACGCAUAGUUGCUCAUGAUGGAGUCUGCUAUUGGUGUGCUGGUGUCCCAGUUCAAGGCGUAUGCUGGCAGUGAUGGUUCCUCUGACACAUUGAGCAAAGGCGAGUUCCGCAGACUGGUCACAUCAGAGCUCCCUAACUUUGUCAAGAAUGCUGGCGUCCCUGCUGUUGUUGACCAACUCAUGAGCUCAUUGGAUGAGAACAAUGAUGGAGAGCUCAACUUCUUGGAGUUCUGGCAGCUGAUUGGGCAUCUCGCAAGCAAGCAUGGGGGGUUCAGCCAAUAGAGCGUCCCCAGAUACUCUGUUACAGUUCCACAUGUGUUACUGACUUGUCUGUGUGCCAUACAGUUAGGAAAAAAAUGGGAAAACUGCCAAAUGGAAAACACCCUAAAGUCUGUUUCAGCUGCAACAAUGCUGUGUUUUUAUCAGUGGUCUGCUUUUCUUUUCACCCUGUUCUCUCACCAGCUGCUGCCAACCUGGCACACACUCUGUCACAGAAUACUACUGAACAAUUUCAGCAGUAUGAAAACCAGUCCAGACUGUUUCUUACCGCACACACAUAUGCACUCACAGCUGCUUGUGCUCACAGGUCUGCGAGGGUGUUGUAGAAGGGGAAUGCAUUAUGUGAAAGCUGAGAAUGUGUGUAUAAGCAUUAUGUGUUCUUGGCUUGUCUUUAUUCCUGAAAAGGCAGCUCUCGGUGUUUAGCGUCUCUUUCCAGGACACAAACAGAGGUGUGGCGUUGGCAAAGCAAGAUCUUAUGUUUAAAGCUGGAAAUGAAAUGCAAGAACCUGUGUGCUUUUCACCUAUCUGGCUUUUUAUUUGUUAAUUUGUUCAUAAAUUUCCUUUCUAGUGAACACUAUCUUUCCAUUCUUUGCACAAGUGAGUGAAGUUUCAGGGUGUGGCUUGAGUACAUCAGUCUGUUGGGAAAGCUUUGAACACACACGCACUAAAACUCGAGCGCGCGCUUGUUCCCACAUGUUGAGAGAAAGAGUGGGCCCGAGGAAAAAAAAAAAAACAUCUAGAGAUGAUUUUUUUUUUUAAAAAACAGACAAGACAAAUAAACUUGACAGAUGUAUUAAACCACUCUACAAA